CUGUGGGUUCUUACCCGACAACUCUGAACCAGAAUUUUCUCCUUCACUCUUAAGAAGACUCACCUUUUAUGGCAUAGAGCCCUGCAAGACAUUCAAGAACUGUCGCAAAUAACGCGCGAUCACAUCUCCCACCGCCGCAACCUGUCGUCUCCCUUCCUCAUCUCCGCCGUCAUACUUGCAGUUCGUCAUGGGUCGCCAAAUAUCCCACGGCCGAGGAGGCGCAGGAAACAUUUACUCCAGAGAGCAUAAAGAACAACCUACAUCAAAGAAAGACUUCGUGACUCCCACCAUUAAACAAGACGUCUACACCACCGGCCGCGGCGGCUCAGGGAAUAUGGUAUACAACGACCCGGAGCGCCCAGAGAUUGCGCGCGAGAGUCAAGAUGUCGAGACGCCACCGCUGAGAGUCGAGGAGGCGCCGCAUCAUACUGGACGGGGUGGUGCCGCGAACGCAUACGUUCCCACGGCAGACGAAGAGAAGCUGGUGCGUGAGCAGGAGGAGGAACAGUUGCGACGGGUUUACACUGCUUCGAGGGACCGGUUGAAGGAUGUGCUCGAGUCGCAGGAAGAGAGACAGUCGGAUGCUGCGUCGAAAUAAUCGGUCGGUUUUCGCAUUCAUUGAGGCAUGCUUUAGUUUUCGUUUGUGCUUCUGAUGUGAUGGGUUUCCCAACACAGACUUAUCGGGAUGGCGCUGGGGAUUGUUAUAUUUAUACUGUGCUUGGCUGUGUGACUUUUCUUUUUUGUUAUCUCUGAACGCGGCCCUAUUGGCUUGUUUAAUUGGGUAUGGGUUAUGGAUUAAUGAGGUUCCAAUGGGAUUCUUUACGCUUAUCAUGUUGCUUUCUGCAUUGCUUUUUCUGCAAGUGCUCAGAGAUCCAUAAUGUGCCAUAGAUAUGCAAUAAGCAAAUGGUAUCACUAACAGUAGGCUCAAAAACGGCUCAAAAACAGCUCAAAAACAGCUCAAAUAAGAACAAACGGUCGUC